CCGCCGAUGAUCUGCUAUAUAGCCAGCGACGUGCGCGUUCUUUUCCCCGCCUCUUUCCCUUCUCCUUGAUACCCCAGGAUCUUAAAUCAUGCCCGUUAUACCCAUAGACGCCAGUCUCGCGCCGGAGGUUGUCGAGUUUUGGGGCAAGCGGUACCGCGAGGUGAAAGAGGAGCUCGAGGAGCUAAAGGCAACCUGCAGCGCGAAGGAGAAUCGCGCGCCGAAUGGCCUCGAGGGAUGUCCUCCUGCUAGGCUGGAAGGCCUCCUCACCCAGCUCGACGUACACCUCACCUCCCUCCGAAAGAAGGACAGGUCAACGAUGGUCACGAAGAAGGACGACGGACCUCUGAGAGACGCGCUCACGGCCGCGCUGAAGGAGCGCGAUGACCUGCGGUUCCGCAACUCUGCGCUAGAGGCGGAUCGCGCAGCGUUGACGAGUCAGGUGCAAGCCUUUAUGAUCCAGGCCGCCGCACUUGCCACGGAGGCAUGCAAUAGUCGGAUGAAUGCGGUGCACAAACAAUUCCCGCCUACGACGUUCGUGGACAAGGACUUUCAAGUAUCGCCCCUCACCCUCACCGAGCCCGAGGCGUUCAUGCACUCUUUACCAUCGCAAUACACGAGUGGCACACGCCUCUACUUCCUGCCACGCCCUCCAGCGUGUAUGCCAUUACACGUCCCGCGCUCUGCGCAACCGGGCUACUGGUUUUAUCCCGUCCUUCUCGCUCCCGGCGAUACGCACUUCGAACUCAUCGUUGAGGGGAGUCCAGGACAGUGGACGUAUCUUGGGCGCUACGUGACUGCCGGCAUGCCCGGGCAGGAGAUGAAGCUCUCGGAGUGGAUGAUGCUCGAUGAAAGGACAAAGCAGGCUCACUGUCAUCGUAUUGCCUCGCACGCGAUGGAGCACGGUCAGACUCCAACCAUUCCAGCCCAGCUCGAAGUGCGCCGCCGAUACGACACGGGCGAAUGGAACGUCCCGUGCUACUCCCUCCAGUGCAUCGGCUACGACCUGACGCUUUACAACACGCUGCACGAAGUGGCGCAGGCGACGUCGCGUCGUGGCAGCAUCGUCUCGGAGCCGGGCAUGCGACAGGACGAGGUCUCCCGGGAGACGAGCUCGACGCCGUCGACAGUCGACGUCCCAGAGGCGGUGCGCAAGCGGAAGAUGCAGUCACCCAUGAUGGGCGAGAACAUGGAGGCGGAUAGCAGCUUGAGCACGAACGCUCCGACGAUGAAGAAACCGAGGCUGAUUCUGCGCGACUUGCCGGUACAGGACCAGUGAGGUUCGAGGGAAUGCGGGUUUGGACUUCGUUUAAUGUGGCCUCCCUUUAUAAUCGUCUAAUUGCCAUGAUAUUGGCUCUGUUCACCACCUUGCCACUCGUACAACCUGGUUUUUGGGAAGAAAACAAUGUGUG